AUGUAUGUGAAAUGGUUUGAUACAGUAAUGUUUUUACUAUGUGAUUUUAGUGUAUUUAGUGAAUGUCACUUUUUUUGUCAUUUUCAAAUUUCCCACCGUUCCAUCCCCCGUACGUCCCGACGCUCGCAGGGGAUGGAACCCAGAUGACAGAUGCCGGCAUCCGCCGGAGGACAUUGCCGGGGACACUGCAGGAGGGACAUCGCGGAAGCGAAGGACAAGGUAAGUGAUCGAGGUAUUGCGGAGCAGCGCCACAUGGUAAGCCCAAGUGUAGCUCGGGGUUACCGCUUGUGCUACACUCGGGAAUACUGCCAUGGAGGUUAAGC